ACGGUAAAGAUCAGCUUGUGAGCAGUACACUUAUUUGGGCGUUAGGGAAGGGUUGGGUUACCAACGUCCACAGGUACAACAGGAUUGUACCGUCAGUAAUGUAACAAGAUGUACCAUGGAAUGAGCAUCCGCUUUAAAAUCCGUGGAUGAUGAAUCUAGCCGAAGGAUUUUUUGGGACUAUAAUGCUGAAGGAAAAUGAUACUAAUCGAGAUAAUAUGGGACGUUGGACUGUGCUGGAUGCUGUGGAUCAUGAUACCUCAUAUUUCACACGGUGCCACCUGUCCAGCGAAUGCAAAUGUUGUGAAUAUGUGCCAAUCUGACGUCAAACAGUCACCCUCGCUGUACUUGGACGGCGUGGAUUCAGACGGUUUCACCGGCUCCUGUACGUGUCGGCUCCAGGCGGUAGACGGACCUAUAAACUUCACAGUGUCAGCCGAGGCCAUUGCUACAAACUGUCAGGCACUGUUGUAUUCCACAUCAAUCAAGAUCCUUAUCAAAUGUGAUGGGUCAUCUCCUGAGCCUGUGAUUGGAACUCUGCAGCCUGGGAAUGGCGCGUUUGUUACUCUUGUCAGACAGAACAAAGAUGAAACAGUUGGAUUUUGUGUCCAUAUACAGCAAGCUGGCGGAGAUGGACAAAUGAAAUUGACAUGUCUCGCUCAAGACAUAAAUGACAUUUUGGACAAGGUCACAACUACUACAACAGUUCCUCCUUUGACUGACCCACCGACAACCAGUCCGACAACGCCACAGACAACGACCAGCUCACCUGUCACUGAAUCUGUAACGACUUCUUCUGUUUCGACUAGUACUGAGAAACCCACCACGUCUUCAUCAGUGCCGACUAGCACUGAGAAACCCACCACGUCUUCAUCAGUGCCGAUGGGUACUGACAAGCCUACCACGUCUUCAUCCGUGUCGACCAGUACUGCGAAACCCACCACGUCUUCAUUCGUGCCGACUAGCACUGAAAAACCUACCACAUCUUCAUCAGUGCCGACCAGUACUGAGAAACCCACCACAUCUUCAUCAGUGCCGACCAGUACUGAAAAACCUACCACAUCUUCAACAGUGACGACUACUACUAAGAAACCCACCACGUCUUCAUCUGUGUCGACUAGUACUAAAAAACCUACGACAUCUUCAUCAGUGCCGACCAGUACUGAAAAACCAACCACAUCUUCAUCAGUGCCGACCAGUACUGAAAAACCAACCACAUCUUCAUCAGUGCCGACCAGUACUGAAAAACCUACCACAUCUUCAUCCGUGUCGACCAGUACUGACACUGGGUCGAACACUACUGACUCCCCUCCAGCAACUUCCUCUGGUUCACCCAGCACUGUCAAACCUGUUUUGCCUCCUGACACUACCAACACAUCUUCGACCACCUUAUCCGUUUCGGCGAACACAGACAAUACCACCACGCGAUCAUCUGAUUUGACCAGUUUAAAAACAACAAAUACAACAGGCGGGGUAACGUCUACAAAUACAUCAUCUGCUCCAGAUCCGCCUGUCCCAUCUACUAGUGGAAAUACCACAGCUACUCCUCUUGGCCCGUCCACAAUUACUACCCCUGGAGGAACAAACGUGACCAGUACGGAAGCCGUUAGUGUGUUCAUCACAUACCUAGACGACAUUCUUGUGACAUGCGCUUUCCUGGGCAUCAUUCUACUCCUUGUGUUGCUUGGAUUAUUUGUGCGUUGCAGAGACAGGGCAGCCAGGGACGCCGAUCAAGCCACACCUCAGGUGUGACAACUGACGGACGCGUGGUGCCACGUUCUUGGAAUACAGGAUACAUGCUGGAGUCGGAAUGGACCGCUUGGACUGGUGUAAAGAAAGCCUAUAUGUGGAAUUAAAUAACAGAUAGAAUUCCAUCAGUUCUAUGGACUUGUACACACAGAAUCUGUGUGGGAUUAAUGAAGAGAUACAAUACCAUCAGUUUUGUUGGCUUGUCCACAUAGACUAUGUGUGGGAUUAAUUAAGAGAUAAUGUUCCAUCAAUGCUAUUGACUUGUACACAAAGAACUUGUGUGGCAUAACUUAAGAGAUAAAAUUCAAUCAGGACUAUUAAAUUGUUCACACAGAAGAUCUGUGGAAAUAUUGAAGAGAUACAAUACCAUCAGUUAUGUUGGCUUGUACACAUAUACUACUCAAAAGAAGUUAAGGAUCACCCGAUUCUUUCAUAAUGGUAAAGUUAAUCUGUCAUGACAUGAGAGAUUAACUAUAGUAAUAUGAAAGAAUCAGGUGAUCCUUAACUUCUUUUGUGUAGUAUAGAAUAUGCGUGGAAUUAAUUAAGGGACUAUUGACUUGUUCACCAACACAUAUGUGUGGAAAUAAUUAAGAGAUUAUAUUAAAACCAUUGAUUUGUGUACAUAGAAUACAUGUGGAAUAUAUUAAGAGAGAAAAUAUCAUCAGGGCCCACUUGCACAAAGCGUUCUUAGUGCUAAGAUGAUCCCAUACCUUAACAUAGGCUUACAAUAGUCGUAGUGCUAAGAUUGCUUUGUGUAAGUGGGCCCAGGACGAUGGACGUGGACACAAGGAAUGUGUGUGCAGUUGAGACAAUAUAUCGAGAGGUCAGUUGACGUAUACACACAAAAUAUGAGUGGAAUUAAGACAUCAUACCACGAAGACACCUGGCCUGUGUACACAAAAUAUGAGUGAAACACAUAUACAUUUAUUAAGCAAUUCAUAAGGACUUCUGACAGUAAAUUGUCCUCAAACGAAAACCACGUUGAUUGUUUACAUAUGUACAACCACCAGGUGUCUGUUAAUAAACAGAAACAAACACAACAACUGCUGACUUGUACACACAGAUAUCGUACAAACCAUAUCCGUCGCCAGGUCAAAUUUCAAAAUGAUUUUUACAGAUGUAUUUAAAGUUUUCAUUAUGUUAUAUGUACAGUAUUUUACUCAGUGUACGAAAUAAGAAUUGAGAAAGUUUUCUGCAUCACUAAAGACAUGUUUAUGAUAAAUCAAUAGGUUCUCAGAAGCCAAAACUUUAGUCUUGAACGAUAAACAUUAAACUCAUACCAGUUUAAUCUUCUUAGGACGAAAUCGACAAACGUGGUUAUAUUCAUGAUGGUAAUCGUAAAUCGAAGUUCAAGUGUAUAACGCAAAUUUACAUGCACUUCGUCUGUAUUGGCCCGAGGUAUAUAUCGCACGUUAUGAGCAGUUGAGGGGAGUUAUAGCAGCAGUGCGUGUGACCUACACAAUGUGCGAGAUUUAUGUUUGUAUUAUAACCCAUGGAUGGCCUAUUUCUAUAAAGGGUUGAGGUGUUAUCAGCACUAAGAAUAAUACCCUCACCAUUCACAGUUGACAUACAAUAACUUCAGCAUUGAUAAACUGUAUUCUUAUAUAAUUAAAUGCAGGUUAUAACCGUUUAUGGAGCAAAGCGUCUGAACCUUUAGUAAGGACAUUUAGAGCAGCGCGAAGUAACCAGUAAGUUUGACGCCAAUAUUCAAUAAGACUAUAUAUUAUUCAUGUGUACAUUGAAAUAAAAUAAA